CGCUCACCAGUGGCUGCUUCACCUUGCAACAGACCCACGAUGAGUGGCAGGCAAGGCUCAAAAAGAACUGGCCGCGUGGCGAUAGGAUGUAAUGCUUGUCGAGUCCGACAUGUUCGAUGCGACAAGAACCUGCCAUCAUGCGUGGCAUGUCUGAAAGCGGGCAUCGAAUGUGUCCGCUCUCUCCAAGUCCGUUUCCGGAACGGACUCGACUCUGUGGACGAAGAUUAUUCCUUCUCCGACAGCCAAACUUGGGUUCAGCACGAGAAGAUUCGUGAGUGAAAUCGGCAAUCCUGUUGAGUGUGACUCACCAUUCCUGGCGUGUCCUGGUAGUCGAGUACUGCGAUGAGACGGCUCAGCUGUCUCAGCUAUAUGAGGGUACACCCGCCGAAAUGGAAGAACCUCGCGUUGCGUCU